CGGGCGGGGCUUGGCGGCGCGCAGAGCCCGACUGCGGCACCCUCCCCGCCGCGCCAGCUGCCCGCUCGUGCAGGUCCCUGGCCAUCCGCCCUCGCCCCGGCCUUCUGCCCGCGCCCCCGCCGUGGGGCAUCCCGACGCCCUGGUCCGGGCCACGGGCCUUCGCGCUGGAGCCGGCGAUGAGCGCGAGGAGCCGGCAUGAGCGCAGACAGCAGCCCUCUAGUCAGCAGCCCGCCGGCCGGUUAUGGGACCCUGAUGAUAGAGACAUCUGUAGAUCCCCUCAGCUCCUCAGUUUCAUCCGUGAGGCUCAGCGGCUACUGUGGCAGUCCAUGGAGGGUCAUCGGCUAUCACUUCGUGGUCUGGGUGAUGGCAGGGCUCCCUUUGCUGCUCUUCCGCUGGAGGCCGGUGUGGGGGGUGCGGCUGCGGCUCCGGCCGUGCAACCUGGCCCGCGCCGAAACACUCGUCAUCGAAAUAAGAGACAAAGAGGAUAGUUCAUGGCAGCUCUACACGGUCCAGGUGCAGACGGAGGCCAUCAGCGAGGGCAGCCUGGAGCUGCCCCCAGCAGUUGCAGGGGAGGAUGGCCGGAGCCAGGCGGCCCUAGGGGCAGUGCCAGAGGGUGCCUGGAAGGAUACUGCCCAGCUCCACCAGAACCAAGAGUCACCACGCAUGCUGCGGUACUACCUCUUCGAGGGCCGGCGCUAUAUCUGGAUCGAGACCCAGCAGGCCUUCUGCCAAGUCAGCCUGCUGGACCAUGGCCGCACCUGUGACGACAUCCGCCGUGCCUGCUCUGGCCUUGGCUUCCAGGACCAAGUUGUGAGGAAGACCAUCUAUGGCCCCAACGAGAUCAGUGUACCAGUCAAGUCCUAUCUCCAGCUGCUGGUGGACGAGGCACUGAACCCCUACUAUGGGUUCCAGGCCUUCAGCAUCGGGCUGUGGCUGGCCGACCACUACUACUGGUACGCCCUGUGCAUCUUCCUCAUUUCCACCGUCUCCAUCUGCCUGGCACUCUACAAGACCAGAAAGCAAAGCCAGACCCUGAGGGACAUGGUGAAGCUGUCUCUACGGGUGUGUGUCCGCCGGCCUGGGGGAGCUGAGGACUGGGUCGACUCCAGCGAGCUGGUGCCGGGAGACUGCCUGGUGCUGCCCCAGGAAGGCGGGCUGGUGCCCUGUGAUGCCGCCCUGGUGGCUGGCGAGUGUGUGGUCAACGAGAGCUCCCUGACAGGGGAGAGCGUUCCGGUGCUGAAGACAGUUCUGCCCAAGGGGCCGGCGCCCUAUAAUCCUGAGACCCACCGGCGGCACACGCUCUUCUGUGGGACACUCGUCUUGCAGGCCCGGGGCUUUGUAGGACCCCAUGUCCUGGCAGUGGUGACCCAAACAGGGUUCUGCACAGCUAAAGGGGGCCUGGUGAGCUCCAUCUUGCACCCCCGGCCCAUCAACUUCAAGUUCUACAAACACAGCAUGAAGUUUGUGGCUGCUCUCUCUGUCCUGGCUCUCCUUGGCACCAUCUACAGCAUCUUCAUCCUCUGCCGCCAGCAGGUGCCUGUGAAUGAGAUUGUGGUCCGAGCUCUGGACCUGGUGACGGUGGUGGUGCCGCCCGCCCUGCCGGCCGCCAUGACUGUGUGCACGCUCUAUGCCCAGAGCCGGCUGAGGAGUCAGGGCAUCUUCUGCAUCCACCCGCUGCGCAUCAACCUGGCGGGCAAGCUCCAGCUCGUGUGUUUCGACAAGACGGGCACCCUCACUGAGGACGGCUUGGAUGUGAUGGGUGUGGUGCCCCUGAAGGGGCAGGCGUUCCUGCCACUGUUCCCAGAGCCCCGCCGCCUGCCCAUGGGGCCUCUGCUCCGAGCACUGGCCACCUGCCAUGCCCUCAGCCGGCUCCAGGACACCCCAGUGGGCGAUCCCAUGGACCUCAAGAUGGUGGAAUCUACUGGCUGGGUUCUGGAGGAGGGGCCGGCUGCACACUCAGCAUUUGGCUCCCAGGUCUUGGCAGUGAUGAAACCCCCACCUCAGGACCCCCAGCUGCAGGGCACGGAGGAGCCCCUGGUGCCAGUCAGCAUCCUCGGCCGCUUCCCCUUCUCAUCAGCCCUGCAGCGCAUGAACGUGGUGGUGGCGUGGCCGGGGGCUGCUCAGCCGGAGGCCUAUGUCAAGGGCUCCCCUGAGCUGGUGGCAGGCCUCUGCAACCCUGAGACAGUGCCCACCAACUUUGCUCAGGUGCUGCAGAGCCACACAGCUGCUGGCCAUCGCGUUGUGGCCCUCGCCAGCAAGCCACUGCCCAUCACGCCCAGCCUGGAAGCAGCUCAGCAACUGACAAGGGAUACGUUGGAGCAGGAGCUGAGCCUCCUGGGGCUGCUAGUCAUGAGGAACGUGUUAAAGCCACAGACGACCCCAGUUAUCCAGGCCCUGCGGAGGACCCACAUCCGCACCGUCAUGGUCACAGGGGACAACCUGCAGACGGCAGUCACUGUGGCCCAGAGCUGUGGCAUGGUGAGCCCCCGGGAGCGUCUGGUCAUCAUCCACGCCACGCCCCCUGAGCAGGGCCAGCCUGCCUGCCUGGAGCUCCUGCCCACGGAGUCCUCCGCAGCCACGAACAGCACUAAGGAUCCUGACCAGGCUGCAAGCUACACCAUGGAGCCAGAGCCCCGAUUGAGCCACCUGGCCCUCAGCGGGUCCACCUUUGGUGUCCUUACGAAGCACUUCCCCAAGCUGCUGCCCAAGGUCCUGGUCCAGGGCACCAUCUUUGCCCGCAUGGCUCCUGAGCAGAAGACAGAGCUGGUGUGCCAGCUGCAGAAGCUUCAGUACUGCGUGGGCAUGUGUGGGGACGGUGCCAAUGACUGUGGUGCCCUGAAGGCAGCUGAUGUGGGCAUCUCGCUCUCCCAGGCUGAGGCCUCAGUGGUCUCGCCCUUCACCUCGAGCAUGGCCAGCAUUGAGUGUGUGCCCACGGUCGUCAGGGAAGGUCGUUGUUCCCUCGAUACAUCCUUCAGCGUCUUCAAGUACAUGGCCCUCUACAGCCUGACCCAGUUCAUCUCCGUCCUGAUCCUCUACACGAUCAACACCAACCUGGGCGACGUGCAGUUCCUGGUCAUCGACCUGGCCAUCACCACCACAGUGGCAGUGCUCAUGAGCCGCACAGGGCCCGCGCUGGCGCUGGGGCGAGCACGGCCCCCAGGGGCUCUGCUCAGCGUGCCCGUGCUGAGCAGCCUGCUGCUGCAGGUGGCCCUGGUGGCCGGCGUGCAGCUGGGGGGCUACUUCCUGACUGUGACACAGCCCUGGUUUGUGCCUCUGAACAGGACCGUGUCUGCACCAGACAACCUGCCCAACUAUGAGAACACAGUGGUCUUCUCUCUGUCCAGCUUCCAGUACCUCAUCCUGGCCGUGGCUGUGUCCAAGGGGGCGCCCUUCCGCCAGCCGCUCUACACCAACGUGCCCUUCCUGGUGGCCCUGGCGCUCCUGGGUUCUGUCCUGGUGGGCAUCCUCCUGGCCCCCGGUCUCCUGCAGGGGCCGCUGGCACUGAGGAACAUCACUGACACCUUUUUCAAGCUGCUGUUGCUGGGCCUAGUUGCCGUCAACUUCGUGGGGGCCUUCAUGCUAGAGAGCAUUCUGGACCAGUGUCUUCCAGCCUGCCUGCGGCGGCUUCGACCCAAACGGGCCUCCAAGAAGCGUUUCAAGCAGCUGGAGCGUGAACUGGCCGAGCAGCCCUGGCCGCCCCCACCGGGCCUGUGAGGUAGCGCGAGCUCUGUUCCCCGCACUGGACACUGGAUCUCCCCGCCUCUGAGCCACCCACUAGGACCCACCUGCAGAGACGCUGCACCAUCCGUCUCACAGCCCUGAGGCUGGCGGCAGUCAUGCUCCUGCCCCAAGCUCGCCUGGCCCCGCCUUCCCCGCCCCCUACCUGGGGAAGUGCUGACUAUCGUCCCCACUUUAGACACCCCAUGUAGAGAUAGCGGCCACCAAACCCACUCGGAGCUGCUGUCAAUGUAGCAAAUAAAGUUAUAAUAUUUUCCUG